UCGUCGUUGAAGUUGUUGCUUGGAGCAACCACUUCCAUUAUGUUGAUCUCUGGAUUCUCCAGACCAUUACUUAACGACACCAUCAACGCUCGUUUACCAGCCACGGACUUGAGCUUGUCGUUGCAAACUCCCACCUACCACAAGUCACGUUUUGGUGGCAAGCUAAACUAUGAGGAAUUGACCAUUGGCUCGGUCACGGGGUUGUUUGUAGGAAUCAUUGCUGGCAAGUUGAGUUCCGUGUUCAUCUUCUUGUCGUUAGCUACAUACUUCCUUGUGGAGUUCUUGGAGUCAAGAAACAUCAUCAAUAUCCCCUGGAACUAUAUUGUCACCGUAGGCAAGGAAAAGAUCAACAUCAAGGAGUUGGUUUUAGAGAAGCCCAGCUUCAAGAUCUCCUUUGUGUUGUCGUUCCUCAUUGCCGCAUACAACAUUUAA